GCGUCUGCGCAUUGCAACCAAUUUUCAUUGUAUUAUGGGUAGUAGGAGGAGUAUGAUUUAACCUUUCUAUAUAUAACCUUAUUCGAGAUGUAACUGUGUGUUGCGGUACCGUCGAAGCAUCUAGAAAACAUAUCGGUGAAGGAACGGUGCAAGUUUCACUAGGAGGACUGGUAGGCACUGUAAGAACGUGGAUUAACGCUUGGCUAAUUGUGUAUAUAGAAGUCUACGAGAGUUCCUGUAUCAUUAACAAUCUUAACUCGAUAUACACGUACGGACAUAAUCGUCAAGAGGUUAUACUCGAAUCAUCAACAUUUACUAGCCGGACCAGUCUCGCACAGAAGUUAGUUUUGCAGGGUCGUCAAUAAAAUACGAACGUAAACAGCAGUGAUAUUGACUGUGGACGGAAUACGAAACGGGCGUACAAAUCGCAAUACAGCUUACACCACACCAGAUCUACGAAACAGCAGCUGCUAUGAGCGCUCAGCAAAGCCCGGCUGCCUUACAGACAACUGUUGACCGCGAGAAAGUCUACACAUGGAUAAUUGAGUUGUCAAACCCCGAGACGAGAGAAAAUGCUCUUUUAGAGUUAAGCAAGAAGCGUGAGGUGGUACCAGAUCUGGCACCGAUGCUAUGGCAUUCAUUUGGCACUACGGCAUCUCUCCUGCAGGAAAUCAUCAAUAUUUAUCCAGCGAUCAAUCCUGCGACCCUUACAGCUUAUCAGAGUAAUCGAGUAUGCAAUGCCUUAGCAUUGUUGCAAUGUGUAGCCAGUCAUCCAGAAACGAGAUCUGCAUUCCUACAGGCUCAUGUACCACUGUUUCUGUAUCCAUUUCUACAUACCGUAAGCAAAACAAGACCAUUUGAGUAUCUCCGCUUAACGAGUCUUGGAGUAAUCGGCGCAUUAGUCAAAACCGACGAGCAAGAAGUGAUCACUUUUCUGCUCACUACUGAGAUCAUUCCGCUUUGCUUAAGAAUCAUGGAAAGUGGCUCAGAAUUGAGUAAAACUGUGGCGACAUUCAUAUUACAGAAAAUAUUAUUGGAUGAUAGCGGCCUGUCCUACAUCUGUCAAACCUAUGAUAGAUUCAGUCACGUCGCUAUGAUUUUAGGAAAAAUGGUUCUUUCCUUAGCCAAAGAUCCUUCUGCAAGAUUGCUGAAACAUGUAGUACGAUGUUAUCUGAGAUUAUCUGAUAAUCCAAGAGCUCUCUUAGCCUUACGACAGUGUUUACCAGAUCAGCUGCGUGAUAACACAUUUGCAACGUGUUUACAAGAAGAUGCUUCAACUAAGCAUUGGUUAAAUUUACUUCUUAAAAAUCUGGAAGCCGGUCCGCAACCGGGUCCGCCAACUCAAUCGAGUCAACAAGAUCCUAGAACAAUUGGUAUGUCACCACAUCUCACAUCUUAAAGUGUCUCGUAUCCUGAUAAUCUAUGAUAUGAUUAUCUAUGUACAGAUUUCAAAUAUUUUUUUUGUGAGUCAUUUUAAAUUCUUUUUCUACGUAAACGACGUAUGAUAACAGGCAGUUAUGUCAGCUACACAUUGUUACACAUAGUUACGAAUUGUGCUGUGAGAACUAGUGAUAAGUAUAUAUAUAAGCGAUGACAACCGGUUCAAUUUUAACAGAUAUCUUAUUUUUCUUUGGAUUAUAAGUCUACCUGAUAUAUAGUAAUCUCGACACAAAUCAAAAAUUUUGUACGAACAAGGUGUUUAAUGACAUAGAAAUUUUAAUGCAAGAUGUGAUGUGCAUAUAUCUAUACAAGAUAUUCCAAAUCUCUCGUAAAAAUUGUUGGUAGAUCCUUGAAAUCAUUUUAAGAUGAAAAUCCUAAUACUAAAUACUAAUAAAUUUUUAAAUAAUAUGAAUUUAAAUUAAAUUAUCUGAAAUUCUUUGACAUCUGUGCACUCAGAUAUAUUGCAUAUAUCUAUUGUAGUUAUCAUGAGUGUGAAAUUAAUUUUGAAUGAUAUUUAUCACAAACGAAUGAUAAUUUACGUACUUUUACUAUUGUGCCAAUGUGUAUAAUCCCUGUAUAAUGCGCGCAAAUUUAAUUAGCUAAUUUUAAACACUUCUCAUUUUGGUAUUUUUAUCUCAAUUUUUAUUUUGAGGAUUUUUAUUUCAAAAUGAUCUUAGAAUAAAUAU